AUGUAUCAACGUCCAUGGAUGGUAUCAGUUCAAUAUCAUGAACAUCACAUGUGUGGAGGAACAAUUAUUUCAGAAAGUCAUAUUGCAACAGCUGCUAGUUGUGUAACAGCUGAUAGUCAUAUUUUUUAUAGUAAUCUUCAAGUUUUAAGUGGAACAGAUGAUAUCAUGGAGCCUCGUGAAUCAUUAUAUCGACAAAUUCAUCAAGUAGAAUUUGCUAUUAUUCAUGAAAAUUAUGAACCUCAUUCUUUUUGGAUAAACGAUAUUGCUAUUCUCAAACUAGUGUCAAAAAUAGAAGUAAAUUAUUUAUCGAAACCAGCCACUUUUUUUGCUGGACCAUCAAGCAGCAAAACUUAUCAUGCUACAGGUUGGGGUAAUGAUCCAACAACAUCCACAUUGACACGAUAUCUUCAUGAGACAAAAGUUAAAUCAAUUCCCAAUAAUAUGUGUAAACAAAAAUAUUAUCAACAUGGUGUUUUUACAAAAUCACAAUAUUGUUUUUUACCAAUUUUAAAAACUGCUCGUAUAACAGAGGAAGUCCUAUCAUAG